CUUCAACUAGUCUAGCUAGAAUUGCUAGACCUUAGUUUUAACAUCCUUGAAGCUCCAUUACCAAUCCCACCAUUCUCCAUUAUCUUAUUUUUAGUUUCUGAAAAUAAAGUUAGUGGAGAAAUUCAACUUGAAUUUUGCAAUAGAACUUCUCUCAAAUUUCUUGAUGGAUCUCACGACAACUUGAAUGGAACAAUCCCACAAUGUAUUGGAAGCUGGAAACAAUCUAAAGGUGAUUAAACUAGGACAGAAUAAUUUGCAAGUGAAGCUACAAAGAUCAUUGGCCAACUUUAGAAUGUUGGAGUUUCUUGAUCUUGUAGUUGAUCUUUCUUGCAACAAAUUCGAGGGAAAGAUUCCAGAAGUAGUAGGGAGCCUAAAGGGACUUAGACUACUUAAUCUUUCCAAUAACUUCCUUGUUGGCCCAAUCCCACCAACCUUGGGAAAUCUCACAAAUCUUGAAGCUCUAGACCUUUCUCGAAACAAGCUUACAGGAAGCAUUCCUAUGCAGCUAGCACAGCUCAAUUUCCUUGGAGUCUUCAAUGUAUCUCACAACCUUUUAAUAGGACCUAUACCGAAUGGCCGACAUUUUGAUACAUUUGAAAAUAGCUCAUUUGAUGAGAAUUUAGGGCUGUGUGGAUUGCCAUUGUCAAGGAAAUGUGACAACACUAAGGCCUCACCUCCACCAUCUUCAGCCUCUGAAGUAAAUGAAGACUCUAGAUUGGUAGUUGAAUUUGGUUGGAAAGUAGUUGCAUUGGGUUAUGGAUGUGGAUUCCUUCUUGGUGUGGUGAUUGGAAACAUUGUUUUCGCAAGAAAACGAGAAUGGUUGAUGAGGACUUUCAGAAUCAGGCAGCCAAGGAGGAGAAGAAAAGGGUCUGAAAGAUUGAGUAGGACUAGGAUGACCCAAUGAAGAUGAUAUUCAUCUUUCAGUGCUGGCAUUUCAUUUUAUCUCUUUUUCCUACUUUUCUCUUUUAUUUUUUAUUUUUAUUUUUUAUUUUUUUUGUGGGUUGGGAUGAUAAUUCUAGUACUGUGCAAUACCAAUGUAUUGUGUGGAUUGUACUUUAAAGCUGCAUGAAUGAAUUCCACUUCUGCGA